GAGCAGACCCAGAGGCCGAGGGUUUUCCUUUUACCUCCGCUCCCUCUUUGUUGCGUGAGAAGCUUGUGCAACCACUGCCACGUUACAGUGAUGGGAGUCCAACGAGCAUCUGCCAGAUGUUUUUUCGCGCAAAAAGCAGGAAAAAGUUUCAGCUUCUUUUGACACUCGGCUGGUUUGCAGGAGAAAGGCAGGCGCAUCGACGAGGCAGCGGGGGAUUCUGGGGCUUUUGUUAUGGAUCCGUGCGUUUGUCCGACGACGGACCCUUGCUGACGUCACUCUUUGAUUUGGAUUUUCUGGUUCAUUCUUCAGAGGCAGACGGGAGCGCUGGUCGUAUAUCGGUGGUUCUCUCUUGCCAAAUAAAAUGCCGGCCGCCCAGUUCCUGCCCUGCUGCGCCAUCGUUCUGUUGGUGCUGUCGAAGCUCACGCUUGCCCAGUACGAGCAUCUGGGCUACCCGCCGGGCUACGGCGACCAGGAGCAGGAGCAGUACACCGCCCCGCAGCUGACGCCGGACACGCCCAGGAUCCAGCUCCGACUGGCCGGGGAUAAGCGGAAGCACAACGAGGGCCGCGUGGAGGUGUUCUACAACGGCGAGUGGGGAACCGUCUGCGACGACGACUUCACGAUCCACGCCGCCCAGGUGGUGUGCCGGGAGCUGGGCUACCUGGAGGCCGUCUCGUGGUCGCCCUCCUCGAAGUAUGGGAAAGGAGAAGGACCCAUCUGGUUCGACAAUCUCCACUGCACCGGCAAAGAAAAGACCCUGUCGCUGUGUCCGUCCAACGGGAUCGGCGUCUCGGACUGCAAGCACAGCGAAGACGUGGGCGUGGUGUGCAGCGACAAGAGGAUACCGGGCUUCAAGUUUGUCAACACCUUGCCCAACCACGUGGAGAACCUCGACAUUCAAGUGGAGGACGCGCGCAUACGACCCAUCCUGUCGUCGUACCGCAAGCGCAUCCCGGUGACGGAGGGCUACGUGGAGGUCAAGGAUGGCGGCAAGUGGAAGCAGAUCUGCAACACCGAGUGGACCCAGUUCAACAGCAGGGUCAUCUGUGGCAUGUUUGGCUUCCCCGGGGAGAGGAAGUACAACGCCAGGGUCUACAAAAUGUUCGCUCGCAGGAGGAAGCCCACGUACUGGGACUUCGCCGUCAACUGCACCGGCAACGAAGCCCAUUUGUCCAACUGCAAACUGGGCCGGGCCGCGGAGCUGAAGACCAACGGCACCUGUGCUGAGGGGCUGCCCGUGGUGGUGAGCUGCGUGCCCGGCCGGGCCUUCGCCCCGGCGUCCAUGACGGGAUUCAGGAAGGCCUUCAAACAAGAGCAGCCGCUGGUCCGUCUCCGCGGCGGGGCCAUCGUGGGCGAGGGCCGCGUGGAGGUGCUGAAAAACGGAGAGUGGGGCACCAUAUGUGACGACAACUGGAACCUGCUGUCCGCCACCGUGGUGUGCCGAGAGCUGGGCUUCGGCACGGCCAAGGAGGCCCUGUCCGGGGGCCGCCUGGGGCAGGGUAUGGGCCCGGUCCACAUGAACGAGGUGGAGUGCUCGGGCUUUGAGAAGUCCGUCACCGAGUGCUUCUUCAACAAGGAGUCGGUGGGCUGCAGCCACGAGGAGGACGCGGCGGUCCGAUGUAACAUCCCCGCUAUGGGCUUCCAGGAGCGGCUGCGCCUGAGCGGAGGCCACAACCCCUACGAGGGCCGCGUGGAGGUGAUGGUGGAGAGGAACGGCUCCCUGGUGUGGGGCACGGUGUGCAGCGAGGGCUGGGGAACCAUGGAGGCCAUGGUGGUGUGCCGGCAGCUGGGCCUGGGCUUCGCCAGCAACGCGUUCCAGGAGACGUGGUACUGGCCGGGGGCGGUGAGCGCGGACCCUGUGGCGAUGAGCGGCGUCCGCUGCUCCGGCACCGAGAUGUCGCUGUCCCAGUGCCUGCACCACGGGGCCCACCUCAGCUGCGCCAAGGGAGGCGGACGCAACGCCGCCGGGGUCUCCUGCUCCGAGACGGCUCCUGACCUGGUGUUGAACCCCCAGGUGGUGGAGCAGACCACCUACAUGGAGGACCGGCCCAUGUUCAUGCUGCAGUGCGCGUACGAGGAGAACUGUCUGUCGUCCACCUCGGGCCAGGUCCCGGCCAACUCCUACCGCCGCCUGCUGCGCUUCUCCUCCCAGAUCCACAACAACGGCCAGUCGGACUUCCGGCCCAAGGCGAGCCGGAACUCCUGGGUGUGGCACGACUGUCACAGGCAUUACCACAGCAUGGAGGUGUUCACCCUCUACGACCUGUUCACCCUCAAUGGAACCAAAGUGGCAGAAGGACACAAAGCCAGUUUUUGCCUGGAGGACUCAGAGUGUGAUGAAGGUAUCGAAAAGAGAUACGAAUGCGCCAACUUUGGAGAGCAGGGCAUCACCGUGGGCUGCUGGGACACCUACAGGCACGACAUCGACUGCCAGUGGAUCGACAUCACCGAGCUCAAACCCGGAGAUUACAUCUUCCAGGUCGUGAUUAAUCCCAACUACGAGGUGCCAGAGUCCGACUACACCAACAACAUCCUGAAAUGCAGGUGUCGAUACGACGGCCACCGCGUCUGGAUGUACAGCUGCCACAAUGGUGGCUCAUUAAGCACUGAGACAGAACAGGCGUUCCCAGGCCUCCUCAACAACCAGGUGACCCACAGGUAAAGACGAACCUGGAGGAGGGGAGUCGACCGGCCCGACCCCCCCCCCCCCCCCCCCCCCCCCGGUCCCGGUCCCCAACCCUCCUUUUUUCCCUUCAUCCGCGUGGCAGCAGCUUCCUCUGACCAGUUGCUAUCCCGAGGAUUGCGAGGAGUCCCCGGCAACAGUAACGGCAUCGGUCUGUGUUUGGAAAUAAAUGCAGGAUUCUCUCCACUAUUCUACACAAGGUCUCCAGCGUCUCCUCUGCAAGUCAGUUACUUGAGCUGAAGGCACAACUUUACAUCGUCACUGCGGAGUUUGUGCAAAAUAAGCUGUCGCACCACCGAGUCCUCCAAACCCCCUGAUGGCGGCUGAUGACCCGAGCUGCCUGGUCCAGCUGUAAUACCGGGGCUGAAAUGUCAUAUGCUAAAGUCUUUUUUUUAAUUGUAUUUCUUUUAUGAUGGGGGAAUUUAUUCUUUCGAUCUGCUCUGCAGACAUGGAGAAGACGGAGUCUCGGCGUGAAGUCUGAAUUUCUGUCAGAUAUAGUGAAGAAAUAUUCAGAUUCAGACUUUCAAUACUCUGUCUUGCCAUUCAUUGUUUCAUAACCAUUUUAUCUGUAGCAUGUGUAGCUGUAUGUUGUGUUUGGAGCUGAUGUGGGACCUCGUGUUUCUUUUCCUCCUUGUUCAGUACAAAAUGUUACCAAAUGGCCGACAUCCGUCACUCGGACCGAACGUCCUCUAGCUUCCAGGUUUGGAUCUCUGCAGCGCGCUGCACCUGCGUGUUAAUGUAGGACACAAACUAAACUAGUUUUCUUUUAGUCUCUGGGAAAGUUUUUAUAAGUAUAAAAACCUCCAUGGAUUAAAAAGAAAUGAAGACAAUGUGUCCAACAGACUUCACCCAACCAGACGUCAAACAGACUUGAGUUGCUGCCUUGAAAUUGAACUUGCACCGAGGGAACACAGGUCCUAAUCUGGGGGGGGGGAAUCCCUGAGGGAACAUAGGGAUGACCCCCGUUUCUCCAAAGGGCCUCAUUCAUUUAAUAACAAAAAAAAAUAAUUUUGGAUUUGUGCUUCAUGCUUCAAACUAAAUGUUGGUGCAGCAGCAUCGUUUUAAAGAUAAUUUCCUCUCACAUCCCCUACUGGUUGUCUUGGAAACACAGAAACCAUCACCAUCACCAUCGCCACGUUUAAACAGUCGACCCCCGUCGGCGACAAGCUGUCGGGGAGGCUUCGGAUUUUUCGCAGUUUUAUCCCUUUUGUGUUUGAACAAUAAUGUGUGUGUGUGUGUGUGUGUGUGUGUGAAUCCUAUUUUUAUUGUACUUUUUUUAUAAUGGUGCUAUCAAACUGGUCCUCUGUUUUCUGAGGGUACGGUACAUGUGGAACAGCUACAUUGUGUAUACGAACAGUAUACUUGAACUGAGCAUAGGAAGCGACGUGCUUCGUGUGUUCAAUCAUUAAUAAAGGUCAGAGUUAUGGAGCAACCAA